AUGUCUGCGCGUGGCCGGCCUAGUCACUGGAGGUCUGUAUCUCGAAUUACAGUCCUAUUCCCAGCUCUAAUAUUUGCUUUAGGCGGCGUCUCCUUCUUCUCGGGUCGCUACGGCUUCGCCUGCAACAACAUCAAAGCCUACGAGGUCGUCCUAGGCAACGGUACCACCGUGACCGCCACUAGCACACGCAACCCACGCCUCUUUCGGGCUCUCAAGGGCGGCAGCAACAACUUCGGCAUUGUUACUCGCUUCGAUGCCACGAUCCGUCCGCAAGAUGCCUUCUGGGGCGGCCAAAUCGAUCAGCCCAUCACCAACAAGGAGGCCUACUUCGCUUUCAUGGCCGACUUCACCCAAAGCUCGAAGUAUGACCCCUUUUCAGCCCUCAUCACCGUCUUCGCUUGGGUUUCAGGCAUCCCCGUCACCAUCAUGCACACGGCGACUUACACCAACGGCUCCGCGACCUGGCCGCCCCCCACCUUCGCACCGCUUGACGCAAUGCCCAAACUCAGCUCUACCAUCCGCAAAGCAAAGCUCAGCAGCAUCGCCAACGAGAUCGGUACCGAUGCGGCGGUCUCCCAGGGAAGGAAUAACUUUUUCGUGACGAUGACCUUCGUCAAUGAUCCUGAUGUUACACCGACGUUCAUGGCACAGGUCUACGAGCUCGUCGACGCCGCAGCCCAGGAUCUCUUCCUUGCGCUGGGGCUCGCCGUCACAAUGGCGUUCCAGCCGUUGCCGCAUGUGCUGUACUCGCAGGGCGCUGCGGACAACGUGUUGGGACUGGGUCGGUUCCAGGACGACCUGAUUAAUCUGCUGUUCACGAUCAUCUGGCCGAAUCCGCUGGAUAACGAGCGUGUGUAUGCUAGGAUGCGCACGCUUGAGGAUGACUUGAUUGCACUGGCGAAGGAUCAGGGUGUCUACAAUGAGUGGGUGUAUUUGAACUAUGCGAGUCAGUGGCAGGAUCCGAUAGCUGCGUAUGGAGCAAGUGAGGUGUCGUUUUUGAAGAGUGUGAGUAAGGAGUAUGACCCGCAGGGAAUCUCUCAGAAGGCGGUGCCGGGAGGAUUCAAGCUUGGCCUGUAG